AUUUACCCUUUUCUUUGAUAUCUCUUUGUAGUGUGUUGUGUGUGUGAUGUUUAUUAUCACUGGGGAAAGAAAUGGCAGGGUUCUUCUAUCUAGGAGGGAGAGACAACAACAACAAGCAAGAUCAUCAUCAAGUAGACAAGGAUCAUCAUCAUCAAGACAAGAGCAAUUAUCUUUAUCUUUACAAAGACGAGAUCUAUAACAACAACAAGGGUUUCGAGAUUUGGCCUCCACAAUACUUCCAACAACAAGAACAUCAACAACAACAACAACAACAGCAACAACAUGCCUCAGCUCCUGCAAACUUCUACUCAUUUGGAAUGGUUCCAAGCGGAAGCAGCAGCAACAACAACAAUAACCGGAGCAGGAGUUUAUACUUCAACGUAGUCUCCGAUCAUGAGCCGGGAGGGUUCACGGUGACGAGACAAGGAGGUAUGAAUUGUCAAGAUUGUGGGAAUCAAGCUAAGAAAGAUUGUCCUCAUAUGAGAUGUAGAACUUGUUGUAAAAGCCGAGGCUUUCAUUGUCAAACUCACGUUAAGAGCACUUGGGUUCCUGCUGCUAAACGCCGUGAGCGUUUAGCCCAACUCGCUUCCUUGCAGCACCACUCAGCCUCUAGCCGUGAAACGCAAAACGCAAAACGCCUUCGUGAAGCUAGUGGUGGUGAUAAUAAUGAUGAUAAAGACCAUAGUGGUGGUGGUGGAUCGGCUCUUGCUAAUACCCGUGUGGUGAAUGCUAAUUCUAAUUCAGGGUUGGAGGUGAGUCAACACUUACCACCGGAGGUUAACUCACCGGCCGUUUUCCGGUGCGUUCGAGUGAGCUCAAUAGAAGAGGAUGAAGAUGAUCAAGAAUAUGCUUACCAAACGGCUGUGAACAUUGGAGGACAUGUCUUCAAAGGCAUUCUCUAUGACCAAGGACCAGAUCAAGAUCAUAAUCAUCACCUUAACCUCCUUGCCUCCACGGCAACCACCACCAAUGUGGAGGAGACUGCCACGAAGACGGUCACCGGUAACAAUAAUAAUGGAUUAAUGCUUGAUCCUUCUUCGCUUUACCCGGCUCAACUCAACUCCUUCAUCGCCGGUACGCCAUUCUUCACACCUCCGAGGUCUUGAGAUUCAAAUAUCAGUUAUUGAUUAUUGUUAAUCUUAAACGUUAUAAUAAUGAGAGGCUUUCAUU